AUCGAUUACAUGCACAAUUUGGGAAUGGGUAGCGGGUACAUUGCUUCAAGCCAAACAAGCGAAGUCAUAUUGCAAACUCGGAGAGGCGAUAAUAGAAAGAAGAAAGAAUAGAACGAAAGGAAAAAGGAGAAAAAGAACGAAUUUCCCGGAAAGGAGAGCGAGUGUGCAGAGGGAAGAAAGAACAGAAAGGCGCACUUUCUAGGGCUUUAUUUUUUGUGUUUUCUCUUUGAAAUUUUCUCUGGGGUAGUAUUUUCUCGGAAAAAUCCGGUUUUGGGAGUUCCUUGUUGGGUUCUGCUUGGUUCGUUCCAAUUUUAAUCCGUUCAAGCUUUUCCGUUAUAUCUGUUUUUAUUCGUUUAUCUCUUCUUUGGGGACGCAUUCGUUUGAGAGAGAGACAGAGAGAGAGAGACAGAGAGAGAGACAUGUCAUCUUCAGCUACCGUACGAGUGGAGAAGGCGACGAGCGAUCUUCUCAUCGGUCCCGAUUGGACUAUGAACAUCGAUAUUUGCGAUUCCAUCAAUUCUAAUCACUGGGAGGCAAAAGAUGUGGUCAAAGCUGUGAAGAAGAGGUUGCAGCAUAAGAACCCUAAAGUUCAGCUACUUGCUUUAACGCUUUUAGAGACAAUGGUAAAGAACUGUGGUGAAUACGUUCAUUUUCAAAUUGCUGAGAAGAAUAUACUGCAGGAGAUGAUCAAAAUUGUAAAGAAAAAGACAGAUAUGCAUGUAAGGGAUAAAAUCUUGGUACUGCUAGACUCUUGGCAAGAAGCAUUUGGCGGACCUGGAGGAAAACACUCUCAAUACUACUAUGCAUAUGAAGAACUUAGGCGUUCUGGAGUAGAAUUUCCCCAGCGUUCAGCAGAUGCAGCUCCAAUAUUCACACCACCAGUUACCCAUCCAUCCCACCCUAGACUUGCUCAGGGAGGAUAUGGAAUGCCAAGCCAUUCUUCCAGAAGGCUUGAUGAAGCAAUGGCAUCAGAGAUAGAAAGUUUAAGUUUAUCGAGCCUGGAUUCCAUUCGGAAUGUCAUGGAACUCCUAGGUGACAUGCUGCAAGCUGUGAACCCUAGUGAUCAAAUGGCUGUCAAAGAUGAACUCAUCAUUGAUCUUGUUAACCAGUGUCGUACAAACCAGAAAAAGCUAAUGCAAAUGCUAACUUCAACUGGGGAUGAGGAACUUCUUGGUCAAGGUCUUGAAUUAAAUGAUAGCCUACAAUUUUUACUUGCAAAACAUGAUGCUAUAGCUUCUGGAUCUCCUCUCCCAACUCAAGUAAAGGGUAUCAGCUCCCGCCCAACUGACGUAGGGUCCUCCAGCCUCAGGCCAAAUGAAGUAAGAGAUGGCUCAAGAUCAAACCCUACUACCCCUACACCAGUUGUUGCUGUAACAAGGGCUCAAGUCGAUGAAGAGGAAGAAGAGGAAGAUGACUUUGCUCAGCUAGCUCGAAGGCAUUCCAGAGCACAGCCUAUUUCUUCCCCAGGUGCGAUUACUGUAACCAGUCAAAGUGUUACAUCAGUGAAUACAAUCAAUCCUACUAGUGUUCCUAUGCCAUCAGACCCAGUCCCCAACCCAAGCCAUGCAUUAGCUCUGCCUGAUCCGCCUCCAGCGGUUAGGACCACAAAAGAGCAAGAUAUCAUUGACCUUCUGAGCAUCACCUUGUCAACAACCACCACCACCUCCCCUCAGACCCCUCACACUGCAUCUGCUGCUAACCAAAGUAUGCACCAGGUACCUGUUUCUCCUACACCUGCACAAAGUUAUUCUUAUGCUUCCCAGAAUGGCACUGGAAACACAGGGCAAGUAUCCUACAAUAGUUAUGUUGUCCCCUGGGCCCAGGCUCAACCUCAACUUCAACCCCAACCCCAACCCCAACCCCAACCCCAGCCCCUGCAUACACAGACACGUCCACAACAACAAUGGAACCCCCCACCACAACAACUAUCACAGACACAGCCACAGCUGCAGCCGCAGCCGCAGCCGCAGCUGCAAUUGCGAUUGCCACAACUGCAAGCACCACAACCACAACUGCAACAUCCACAGGCACAGCCACAGCCGCAGCCGCAACCACAACUGCAACCACCACCACAACUACAACUGCAACAUUCACAGCCGCGGCCGCAGCCGCAACUGCAACCGCAACCACAACCACAACUGCAACCACAGCCACUGAGACAACCCCAAGGCCCCCAACCCCAACCUCAAAUUUAUGGCUACCCCCCUCCACCAUGGGCAGCUACCCCGGGUUAUUUCUAUAACCCAAAUCCUUCAUCCGGUGCUUAUACAUUUUCAACACCUCGAGCUAGCACAACAGCACCUUACAUGCCAAUACAGGGGGCUAGACCCUUGCACAACUAUAAUUCGUUUCCUUCAAGAGGAAGCAAUGGGGUGGCCAUGCAUGGAGAUGCACGCAUGAGCUCUAGUGCUGUGAACCUGGGCCCUCCUGCGGGGCACAAGCCUUUUGUUCCCUCCUAUAGGUUGUUUGAAGAUCUUAAUGUCCUUGGAAAUCCUGAUGGAAAACCUAAGGUGACUAGCUCAUCUUCAGGCAUGGGCAUGUUAGGAUCUCCAGGUCAAGGUAUGGUGGGUGGAAAGAAGUGAAAAAUGGUCCAAUGUAUAAAUGGAACAAUUAAUACAAACAUGAUAUGAUACUUGUGCAUAUUAUGUAUAUUGGUAUUUACAGUCAAUUGGAUUGUAUUAGUUUUUAAGGACACCAUCAUUGCUUUUGCUUAAUCAUAAAUAAUUUGAGAAUCAA